GCUUUUGCCGCUGCCAUGUCGGAGACUGCUCCUGCCGCUCCUCCCGCCGCUGCCCCGGCUGCCGCCGGAAAAGCCGCCGCCAAGAAGCCGAAGAAGGCAGCGGGCGCUUCCAAAGCGCGCAAGCCCGCCGGCCCCAGCGUCACCGAGCUGAUCACCAAAGCCGUGUCUGCUUCUAAGGAGCGCAAGGGGCUGUCUCUUGCCGCUCUCAAGAAGGCGCUGGCCGCCGGAGGCUACGAUGUGGAGAAGAACAACAGCCGCAUCAAGCUGGGGCUUAAGAGUCUAGUGAGCAAGGGCACCCUGGUGCAGACCAAGGGUAUUGGUGCGUCUGGCUCAUUCCGCCUUAGUAAGAAGCCUGGGGAAGUGAAGGAGACCGCCCCCAAGAAGCGAGCAGGUGUGGCCAAGCCAAGGAAGGCAGCAGCCAAGAAACCUGCCAGCGUUGCCAAGAAGCCUAAGAAGGCGGUGACUGCGAAGAAGAGCCCUAAAAAAGUAAAGAAGGCCACCCCCAAGAAAGCGACCAAGAGCCCUAAGAAGGUUACAAAAGCUGCCAAGCCUAAAAAGGCAGUAGCAAAAAGCCCAUCUAAGGCGAAGGCAGUGAAGCCCAAAGCAGCCAAGCCCCGGGUAUCUAAGCCGAAGGCAAAGGCAAAGAAGGCAACACCCAGGAAGAAGUAAGCCUCGUGGGAGAACUCUCUUGAUCGGCGC